AUGAACGUCUCGGUUCUAACAUUUUCUCCGCGCCUUGAGAGUUCAUUGCCAAUUCCUGAUGACCUCGUUUUCGAGAUAUUCUCGAGGUUGCCGUCAAAGGCGAUAGCGAGAUGCUGUUGCGUAUCCAAGUUCUGGGCGUCUAUGCUUCGCAGUCAAGAUUUCACAGAGUUGUUUUUGACCAAAUCUUUUGCUCACCCUCAGCUUCUAUUCGUCUUCAAAGAUGACAGAGAGAUUGUAUUCUUCUCGUCGCCUCAGCCUGAAAAUCCUGAAGAGAACUCGUAUGUUGUAGCCGCCAAUCAUCUUGCACGUUUCCCCGGAAGAGAAUUUAGUUGCACCACUGGCUUCUUGUGUUAUGGAGUUAACCUGAUCCGGAAUUGUGAGUUUGAGAAGGUGAUAUGUAACCCCAGCACGGGACAGGCCUUGACCUUGCCAAGAUUUAACUCGAGGUUGAGGGUUGGAAUGGACAGCUAUCUUGGAUAUGACUCUAUUGCGAAAGAAUUUAAGCUAUAUAUUGUCAAUGAACAGCUCGCGUGUAACUGA